UAUGGAGUGGGCGUGUCUUCGCCGUCGCGUCACGUGGCUCCGCUGUUCAAGAUGGCGGCCUCGAGUGCGGACAUGGAACAAUCGCUGUUGAGUUUCGAGAAGCUGGACAGGUCAUCUCCAGAGCUGUGGCCAGAGCAGAUUCCUGGUGUGGCGGAGUUUGCGGCUUCGUUUAAAAGCCCCAUCGCAAGUUCCCCUCCGAAAUGGAUGGCUGACCUCGAGAAGGACGACCUGGACAUGCUGCAAGAGUUUGGGAGUCUCACCAUGGCCAACCUCAUGGAGAAGGUGCGAGGGCUGCAGAACCUGGCCUACCAGCUGGGCCUCGACGAGUCGCGAGAGAUGACACGGGGGAAGUUUCUCAAUAUCCUGGAACGGCCCAAGAAGUGACUUCAUCAUUCUGUCAACAGGUGGCAAUGAAGGCCAUUAGAAAUCCAUGCGACUCUUUUUUUAAUACAACAUACCAUCACGAUAACAAAAGCAUGCUUGGAAAGUUAGGAAAAGCUAUGGCGUGCCUGGCUACUCAGUGCCACGUCUGUGCUCCACAAUAAAAGUAGAUUUUGUUUUAAAAACGUAGCCACCUCUGAGGAUGUCUAAUGAUCCUGGAAACUCAUCAAAACAAUCCAUGCAAGCCGAUUGGUCUAUAGAGCCUUUAACACCUGCAUUUACCAUGGUCCCAGAUUCAACACAGCAAGCUGGCCAAGCCAUUACAUUCAAUGAGUUUCAGUCAUCAUGCAUGCUACACGUUCACCUAUUCCACGGGCAUUAACAAGCUGGGGGAAAAAAACCCUUAUCGAGCCUCGUAUGCGUAAUGCUUAUAUCGAUCUAUCGGCAUUUCCAAGCUGGGAGUGCUGGUCGCAUUGUGAGUGUCAUACACUUGUGAUUACACCACCCGACACUGACGUUACAAGUUGGGAAAGCCGGUCUGCUUAUUGAGUGUCAUACACUCGCAUGAAAACAGAUUAUGUAAAAACAGUCUUUAUGAAAAUGACUGGUGCCACACGUCAAUUUCAUUUCCGGCUCGUUGCCCUUGGGUGAACACGCGUUACACCGUCGUCAUUAAAGUAGCAAGUGCCCUCCAUUUGUUGACCACGUGAAUGGUUCAACCCAAACAUCUUUCUGUGGAGGUUGCGAUUAAGUUGCAGUUUUCAGGUAAAGAUAUUUUUGGCUUCAGUUAAACCUAACGAUCAAUGUGCUGGCCACUGAGCUAGUUGGCACAGAACUUAUUAUGAAAUUGAGGUUUAAGUUUCGGUCAAGUGUGUGAUGGCCCAACUCUGGGACUGGCUUAUUGGGAAAUGCCCGGUUGGCCAGGUACCGUUGUCUGAACCUGGGCCUGCAUGUGUGUUUGUCAGUUGAUAAGAAGGAUUAUCAUUGGCAGGAGAAGACAUUGGGUUCAUUAUACAAGCAUUCAGGCUGGGCUCAUUCCUCUUGACUGCUCUCCAACUAAGAUUGAAAGAGUUUAUGCAUUAUCUGUCCACUGUCCAGCCAUCCAUAACAGAGGGUCACUAUGACUCUAGUAAAGAUCCAAUUUGAACACGUACAUUUUAAACGUGUGUUGUUCUUAGAGACUUAUUAAAGACUGGACUUACCGUAUUGGUCAAAAUUUGUUGCUUAAAACUUGGAGACACAAACUUAUUCAGAUGCAAAUGUAUUUUAAUCUGACUUGUUGGAACUAUGUCAACAUAUUUUACCCUGACAGCUAACCAUUGGCUUUCGUACUGUUAAUUAAAUAUUUCUGAGAUGAAACGCAUGUUAGAAAGUGUAGUACAGAAUCCAUGCGUAUGCAUGAUUUUUUUUCCUAACUUGUUAUACGAUGGGCUCUAGUUUGUGAGGAGUGUUGUUCCCAAUGCAGCAGACCAAGCACAAUUUGUGCGGGCAGUAAUAUAUUACGGUUGAACUGUCCCGAUUGCCCCUAAUAAUGGAAAUUCAUUAGAUCUCAUAGUAAUCUACACCCACACCACCUGCCGUGCGUGGCAUUCUACAGUGUGGAACGUUUGUUACGAAAUAUUUUUUCUUAAAAACGAUGAGGUGGUCAGAUAGUUCAGUGGGCUAAUGCGAUUUUGAGAGCACUUAACCAGCACUGCCUCGAUCGUUGAUUCAAAUCCAGGCAGUCACUUGUGUGAUGAUAACCGUGUUCUCAAGUGUAUCUAGUGUAUGGGCAUGGUGCUAGUCGCCAUUGAAUGCACAAAAUAACCUAAUGAUUAGUUUUUUUCUUCGGAUUACAGCAGCUUCGAGAGUUAAAUAACAUCAAAUGCCAUUGCCUUGAUACGAGCGCUCUUUUUAGGGACGUAUAGCAUUUGCAUAGAAGUCGACCGAAGGGUUUUCAGAAGUAGUUCAGCGACACACAAGGCGUUCUCCGACGUGACUCGCUGUAAGAGUUCCAAGUGGACAGCUCUCGGCGUGCAGCACAAUUGAAAUGCAAUUGGGGGAAAGAGGCGCGGUGGGGUAGCAUAGUGUCGGAAUAAUAAAGUUGUAUAAAUGGGUAUGCCAACAGCUCAACGGCAGUCAACAACCUGCCGACCCUUCAGAAACAAAAGUCCGGCUUCUCGUGUGGCAAUCGUCCUUUCGUGCACGGCUCCACUGCCUCUGAGCCUCAGCAACACAAUAUCGAUGAGGCGUGAGUGGCACUCGCUCGAGUGUGACCGAGUGCCCGCUUUCUUGGGCCCAGAAGCUGUUCUUUAGAAUCCAGGUUGCGUGUUCAUACACCCAGCAAUGCGCAGUCAGGCAAACAGCAUGGUCAUUGUGCGUGUGUCUUCAGAAGCUGACAGGUCAACAAGCCUCACCUCUGGGGUAUAUGUUGUACGCGUUCUACUGUACAAUGAGAGAAGCAGGUUUGUGUGAAAUUGCUGAAGGGGCAUUGAAAACCUUGGCCCUGUGGGCUUGAACAUUCAUGUUUUCCAGGAGCAACUUUAUCAACAAAGCUACCUGGGAUUGGUUUUGACUUCAGUUAGUCUUAUCGGCCACGCACGGCUUCAUCGACCAAUGCUCCCCGCGUUCCCGUGUUACAAAGCAACAAGGUGUUUUAUAGGUUAGAUGGCAAUCCAACCGAUAAACAAGCCAGUGUAAAAAUAAUUGCAGCUGGUCAGGAGCAGCGUGUCCUUGGCAAAUAAAGAGAAAAACCUGAUUGGGAUUCGGUAUGGUUAAGUGGUGACACCGCUGUGCUCGCGUGGAUGAACGAUUUGAGGAUGUGGUUAAGCAGUUUGUCCGUGAGAGCCGUUUUAUCAAUUGAAGCUGUAAAUAUUCAUACCCGUCUGCUUGUUUGAAAAUUAAAUAAAAAUGCAUUUGAACCAACA